GCCGAGACCAGCUGAAGCCGGAGCCCCAGCCCCCAGCCGCAGCUGUGGGACCAGACCCGACCCACGCCGCCGCGCUCCCGGAACCCGCUGCGCCCCACCCCGCCACCCGUCGCCAGGUCCCGCUGCGCUGCCCGGGAGCGAGCCCCUCGUCCCGCACCCCGAGCCCGAGAUGGCUUCUGUGACCGAUGUUAAAGCUGGAGUCAAAGAUGCCUCCGAUCAGAAUUUUGACUACAUGUUCAAACUGCUCAUCAUCGGCAAUAGCAGCGUUGGCAAGACCUCCUUCCUCUUCCGCUAUGCUGAUGACACCUUCACUCCAGCCUUUGUCAGCACUGUGGGCAUUGACUUCAAGGUGAAGACAGUCUACCGUCAUGAGAAGCGCGUGAAGCUGCAGAUCUGGGACACAGCCGGGCAGGAGCGGUACCGGACCAUUACUACGGCCUAUUAUCGUGGAGCCAUGGGCUUCAUCCUGAUGUAUGACAUCACCAAUGAGGAGUCCUUCAAUGCUGUCCAAGACUGGGCUACUCAGAUCAAGACCUACUCCUGGGACAAUGCACAGGUCAUCCUGGUGGGGAACAAGUGUGACAUGGAGGAAGAGAGGGUUGUUCCCACUGAGAAGGGCCGGCUCCUUGCAGAACAGCUUGGGUUUGACUUCUUUGAAGCCAGCGCCAAAGAGAACAUCAGUGUGAGGCAGGCCUUCGAGCGCCUGGUGGAUGCCAUUUGUGACAAAAUGUCUGAUUCGCUGGACACAGACUCCUCCGUGCUGGGCGCUUCCAAGGGCACACGUCUCUCGGAUACCCCACCGCUGCUGCAGCAGAACUGCUCGUGCUAGGCAAUGCCCACUCUCCUGACCUCUCCUCAUUUGUGGCCCUACACCCACACCGCUUCUCCCUCAUUGUACUCUGUCCGCACCCAUUCCCAGCAAGCUGAGCUGAUGCUGUUUUUUGCCCUUGGGGUUCUCUGCAGAUGGUCCCUGCUUUACAGACACUCAGUACUAGACUAACAGCGCAGGUCAUGACAUGGGUGGAGAUUCACUUUACAAAAGAAGACUUUAUUUUAUGUAGGGGAUUUUCCACAGGGACCUGUUGAAAAGCUAGACUCCUUUCUGCCUUUAAAAUAAGAUUUUCUCCAUUUACCGAAAUUUGACACAAACACAUUUUUCAGGGUCUGGCCAACUGUGUAAAGUGAGGUCUACCUGCACAGCUAAUGCUAUUAAAGAAAACCUCCCCAAACACAAAAUGCUUGUUUCAUGUCAGGCUCCCUGUGGGACUUGCCCUCAUGGCAAGUAAAGCUUUGGCUCUCAAAGCCCAAGGCCUGUUACCAGGGAUGCCCACAGGGCUUGGGCAGUUGCUGUGGUGACAGGCCAGAGCUAAUCUCCAGAGAGCUCAGACUCUCUAAUGAUGCUGAAGGAGCAGAGGCUGAGUCAGAAACAUGCAUAGACGAAAAAGAUUAUCCCCUGCAAAAUGUCAAAGGUUCCUGCUAUAUGAAAGAGCAAGCAAGUGAGCUCAAGAAAGACGAAGAAAAAGGAAAACACACGCACGCACACACACAGGCAAGACGCACACACACAGGCAAGAUAAAGAAACAGGUCAUGAAUUUCUGAUUUUGCUGCUUUCCAGCUGGUCCUUAAGCUGUGAGAAUUCCAAACAAUUGGUCAUUGUUUCUUAGACUCCUGUAAUCUGAAAAUUUUAGAGUUGGAGGGUAAGAUCCUCAAAUUUACCUGGAUCAACUAGUCAAUUCCUAUCUUCGUAUCUCUGACAAGUGGUUGUCAGGCCUCUCAACCAAAUCCAGACGGGGAGGGAGCUCAUUGCUCACACCCUCCUUGAGCAGCUCCAAAGAAAGAUCUGAAAGUUUUCCUUGCUAGAAGUAGAAAUCGGCCUCCUAGAAACUCUUCUCCCUUGUCCCACCCCAUUUGUACCAGUUCUGCUGUCAGCAACUCCACAGUUUGUACUCCCUCUGCCUUGUGACACCCUUAAAGAUCUGAGGACAGGAAUGAUGACCCCCCUGGGGCCUGCCUUUUCUCUAGGUCAAAUAGCCCUGAUUCCAUCUGCCUAUCCUUCUCCUUUCCUCCAGUCCAUCUUUCAGUCACUUGUGAGUGGUCCAACCUGGGAAAUGUGAUUCAAAGCAGAAUAAAUCUAAGGGGGCAUGACCCUGAAAAAAUCAUGAAAGCUGAACUAAAGUGAAACUUUAGUUUCUACCAGAGAGCCAGAUGUGGAACUUUAAUUAAACACCUGGGGACAAAGGAAAAGAAAGAAAGAGAAAAAGAGGAAGAAAGAAAGAGUAUGAACAAGAAAAAAGAAACUCUGAGACCAGAAACAAACUGAAUGGAUUAGAUCUGGAUUCUAGCUUGCUUGGACAUGGGCACAUGUUUGGUUUUUAGCUAAAAUAAUGAUAUGGAACUAGCAAUGAUUCUCUGAAAAUCUUUCCACCCAGGCCUGGUCCCCAGCCUCCCCCUGCACAGAGAUGCCAUUUAAAAAGUUGGGGGUAGGUGUCUCUCCCCAGUUUUCUCUCCAUUUCAAAUGUAGCUCAUUGUCCUAGGAGAGUCCAUGAACUAGCGACAGGUCCAACAGUGAAAUAAAAGGACCAUCCAGAGUCAUCCCAGUGGAGAUGUUGCUUUCUUUGGUGCAGUGCAGGUGACAGAGCUUUGGACUAGGAAUCAGGAGACCUGCACCUGCCAUUAAAUCAAGUGUGAGCCUGGACAAAUUAUUCUCCCUCUCCGAGUCUCAAUUUCCCUACUUAUAAAAUGAAGGGAUUUAUUUGGAUGCUUUUUAAGAUUCCUUCCAGCACUAAUAACUCUGUGAUUCAUAUUUUUACCCUCAUCAUUUCAAUUGAUCAACAAAAUAAACCCGAAUGUAGGGAUUAUCACUCCAAUAUUAUUCUAACACUAAUAUGCUUACUAUGUGCCAGGCAUUGUUUCAAGAACUCUACGCCUACUAACUCAUUUAUCUUCGCAACAUCUUUGUGAGGGAGGCACUAUAAUCAACCUCAUUUAAAAAUGAGGAAAUGAAAGUAAAAAGAGGUUUUCUAACUUGACUAAGGUCACAUAAUGAGUAAAUGAUAGUUCUGCGGUUGAACUCUAGGCAGUAGACUCCAAAGUCUGUGCUCUUAACUACGUUCUAAACUGCACCUCUUAUAAACUGAGAUCCAAAGAGGUAAAAGAUGUAGUCAAGAUUGCAUAGCUAGCGAGUGUUCAGGCCAUGAUAGGAUUUAAUCCCAGGGCCACCAGAUUCCAAGUCCACUGGAGCAAAGAUCCAUGUCUCUAAUCUGUUAACAAAUUGCUCAAGUACUCAGGCUAAUCUGAAAUGAUGGAUAUCUGACAUAGCAGAGUCAAUAUCUGAAGCAACAGGUGCCAUGGACCUGAACAAAAAGUGCCUGGUGCUUCUCAGGGCCAAGUGUUGGCUUUCCUUGUAUCCAACUCUUUCAGGCAAUGCUUGGCUCCCAAGCUGUGCUUUGAGCCUCCUCCAUACUCCAGCAGUGGGGCAUUUUGGAGGAGUGACUUGAUUAACUUCUCUGACCAUGGAAGAAUAAGGUCUCUUCACGGGGCAGAGGUUCCGGAUGUGCUUUUUGCACUGUAAAGUCUCAGACAGUGUCAGGGAUAAUUACUAUUUUUCUGGGCAGUGUAUCACCACACAGCUUUACACCUAUAUAACCUAGUAUUAGGAAUUCAGACAGAGUUCUCAUGAACCCUGGAUAUUUUAGUACCUAUAUCCAAUAAUCUUUUGUCUCCUACUGAAUAUCCAGGCAAAGAUUGAUUUCUUUUUUAAACUUAAAAACUGUCAAAUUCUUUAAAACUCAGGAGCCAAUUCAAGGAAGCAAGCAUUUUUCACAACAGAUGGAAUCAAGAGGUAAAUGUUACAGUGGCAAAAUGUUCUACUGAGCAACACAUACAAACAGACCUGCCUGUUAGAUGGCACUCUCCCCUCCCUGCUCUGUGACCUGUUUCUGCUGAGUGGAAGGCAAUGGCCUCCUGCUGAUUACAGCACAGUGUUCAUCAAUCACAUUGGUAGUACAAUUAGCCACCAAGGUUCAAGCUGCGUAAUAUAUGUUAGUGGCAACUUGUCCGAGUUUUCAUCUUGCUAAACCAUCCAAAAACUCUUGACCUCUGAAGAAGCAAAAGUGGGCAAAAAGUGCAAUACAGUAUUGUAGCUAUUUACAGAAUCUGUUUUAAAUGCAUGUGUGUCUGUAAAUACAAAGUGAUUUGUGACUUCUUGUUGUCUCCUCAGUCUGUAGCAUUAAUAACUUCU